CGCGUCAAGAAAGGGGAAAGGCAUGGCUGGGUGGCUGAGUUAACUAAUAUAUCGCUGGAAAUUACACUUUAUGGAGCCUUGGUUUUCGGUUACAGCAAAGAGAAAAUAAUCCCUCCAAGCACUAUGACGUGCCGAUCUGUGUGCCGAGUGUUGCAGCGCCGGCUGGUGGCCAGCACAGCAGAGGUGAGGCUGUCCGCUGCAGAGCAGAGCAGGAUGCGCAGCGCCUUGUUCCUGAAGGAGCAGGCGAGGCAGCGCGCACUCAUUCCGCGCACUGAGAAGAUAGAGGUAACGAUGCAGGGACCAGGCCUGCAGGGGACCUUACUUAUCAUGAACAAGGGAGUGUCCACACCUCACAGCUGCGCCCACCACCUGACAGAGUGGCAUGUGAGUAGCUCAGCUCUGGCCCUGGUGGAUGGAGAGCCUUGGUCUAUGAACCGGCCUCUCACCCAGUCCUGCUCACUGACCCUGCUCACAUUUAAGGAAACAGAGCCCUGCGAGGUCAACAAGGCCUACUGGCGCUCAUGUGCUGCUCUCCUGGAGCAGGUGCUUCAGAAUGCCUUCAAGGAUGAGUUCAGUGUGGAGCUGCUGCGUAGCCCAGAGCUUCCAGUGACAUCAGGAGCAUUCUGCUGUGAUCUCAUUCUGGAUCGUCAGCUGGACACAUGGACCCCCUCAGAGGAAGCCCUACAAUCUCUAACUCGUGAUGCUCAGCAGCUGAUCCAGAAGGACUUACCCUGGGAGCCACUGGAGGUGUUGCCCUCUGUGGCCUUGGAGGUCUUCUCUCACAGCAGGUGUAAACAGGAAGAAGUGGAGGAGACGGCAGCUGAGAGCCCCAGUGGUACAGUGAUGCUGUACAGAUGUGGUGACCAUGUACUGCUGAGUCGGGGCCCGCUGGUGGCCAGGACAGGGUUGUGCUCUCAGUAUGAGGUGACAGCAAUACACAAUUUGGACCAAGGAGAGAGGGGCCUCCGUCGUCGAGUACAGGGUCUCUCACUUCCCUUGCAGUUACAGGCUCACCACACAAUCUGGAGGAGACUGAGGAAGCGGGCAGAGCAGCUGGUGGAAGUACCCCCACCCCAAGUCCCAGAAGCCACACCCCCAUCUCCAGUUACUGAAGUGCCCCCAGAGAUACCUUCCUCAGUGCCUCAGCAAUGACUUGCGGCCUUCGUUUGCCUCUUUGUGUGUGUGGGUGCGUGUGAGUGGAUGGAGGCCACAUGUAAAC